CUCCUUCCUGAGCUGCUUCUGCCGUCUGAGGAGCGGGCCAGCCUUGGCACCCCAGGAGGAAGGCGCUCCCCUCAACAGCCGGACACAGAAACUAUGGCUGAGAAUGGAGAGCCAUGGGGAACCAGUGAGGCUGAACUGGACCCAGUGGAGUAUACUCUUCGAAAACGGCUUCCCCACCGUCUCCCUCGAAGACCAAAUGACAUCUAUGUUAACAUGAAGACUGACUUCAAGGCCCAGCUAGCUCGAUGUCAGAAGCUUUUGGAGGGUGGUGGAAGGAGUAAGGGACAGGGUGGCUGUCCUGAGAUUUAUAUUCAUGGCUUGGGUCUGGCUAUCAAUAGAGCCAUCACCAUUGCCCUGCAGUUACAAGCCAGCAGCUUUGGGGCCUUGCAAGUGGCUGCCAACACCUCCACUGUGGAGCUGGUAGAUGAGCUGGAGCCUGAGACUAAUAAUCAGGAGCCACUAACCCGAACCCGAAAUAACUCGGCCAUUCACAUUCGGGUCUUCCGUGUUACACCCAAGUAGUUGGACAGAGUUUGACUGCUUUCUCAGCUGGAUAGCCAUAUUUUCUUCUCUACAUUUAUGCUGGGCCAUGCUUCUCCUUUC